AUGAAUGAAAAAGACGAUGCGUACUUUACAACAGUUACGCUACCGUUUACCCCGGUCGAUGAUUCAAGUGUGCUGGCUUUUGUUCUUGAAGGAGUCAAAAAUGUGGAUAACAUACAAUCUGGAACAACAGUGGUCCUUGACGAUCUGUCUAUAUCCAAAGGUGUUACAUCCGGUUUAGACUACGAAAUUGCUUCCGAUGGUUCUAACAAACGAGUUAUUACAAUUAAAGUGCCUUCUGAGAAAAUUACAACGCAGUCAGCGAGUAAAGGUGAAUCCAUAACAACUCCAACUCCUGUGGGUUUCCGCACUUAUAGUUUUAUAGAUGACAAAAAUGGGGUGAAAUUUGACCGAAACAAUGUAAAUAAUCAACUUGAGACCAUUGUAACUAUACCAUACGAAAAACUGAAGGUGAAUAUUCCGCAUUCACUACGUAUAGAAGAAGGCAGUGUGGCUAACUUUGGUGAAGCAAAGCCGUAUGACGUUUUGUUAGACAAGGAAGGGCAAUCCACUAUCAAAAUCACUGUCCCUAAAGGAAAAUCUCCAACUGUGGUGACCAUCAAGAAAGACGGAAAAAACAUUAUUGCCACUUCCUCUACCGACAUUGACCCUUCAACUGUAGCAGUUCAGGCUUCAAGCGGCUUCAAACUUGAACCGAAUAAAAAAAACGAUGCGUACGUUGCAAAAGUUACGUUACCGUUUUCUCCGACCGAUGAAUCAAGUGAGCUGGCUUUUGUUCUUGAAGGGGUCAAAGAUGUGGAUAACAUACUACCUGGAACAACAGUGGCCAUUGACGACCUGUCUACAUCCAAAGGUGUUACAUCCGGUUUAGAGUACGAAAUUGCGUCAGAUGGUUCUAACAAGCCAGUUAUAACAAUCAAAGCACCUUCUGAGAUGAUGGAGAAAACUACAACGCAGUCACCGGAUAAAGGUAUUUUCACUAUUUUUAGCGCAUUUUCCAACUCGUGUUGA